CGAAUGACCACCUCUAACAUAGGAAAUAAUCGUGACUUGUUCUAACAACAUUAAGGGCAGAUCUGUUGCAGUGGUAUUCCAACAAUAUGCAGAUCCUGACUGUUUCGUUGCUGUUAUGUUUAUCAAUAGUUGAGUCGUCAAACCACCAUUACUACGAAGGGUCCAGCUCUGACCAUGACUGGGACAUCUUCACCUUCACACAGGAGUGGCCAGUGGCCGUCUGCGUCCUCGGCACGCACGAGCACCAUCGAUGUGUGAUCCCACCCGAUGUCCGCACCUGGGGAAUACAUGGUCUCUGGCCGACAAAGAGGGGAACCAGAGGUCCAACAUCCUGUAACAGCCACCUACAUUUUGAUUUCAAUAGUAUCAAGUCGUUAGUGCCAAUGAUGAAAGUGAUGUGGCCGAACAUGUACGCCGAUACCAGUAUGGAGAGUUUCUGGGAGCAUGAGUGGACGAAACACGGCACAUGUGCUUCUACCCUUCCUGCUACUGGUAGCGAGUCCCUGUACUUUCAGAAGGCGCUCGACAUCGCUGGAACCUAUGGCGCGUCAAAACUUCUUGCGAAGGAAAACAUAGUACCAAGUUCAUCACGGACCUACACGCUAGAGGAAAUCGAAACUGCCCUGACCCAUCAGAUAGGAGUCAACGCUAUCGUCGAGUGUACCAAGGACGAGAAAACUGGUAAAAUGAUGCUAUACGAAGUGGAGAUAUGUUUUGACAAACAAUUUAAUCCCGUCGAUUGCUAUGAUUCUAACGGAAGCAACGAUUAUCAUACUGACUGUCCCCACUCAGAUUUGGAGUACCCUCCACUGGGAACCAGCGGCUUUGUCUCUCCUAUCGCAGGGUAAAUCGCAAUCGUCUUCUAAGAGUUAAUGUUGACGAUCAAUGGGAAUUUUGAAAGCUAAUUAGCGUUUUUGAGAGAGAAUUUGAUGUUAUCAUGGCUGAUAUUUUAUUUUUCAAUUAAUAAAAAUUACAAAAUCA